GUUAAAAUUUCGCAAGCAAAGUGAAAAAAGAACAUCUAACUUCGAUCCAGCUACAUGUCACCAUGGACAGGUUACCUCCAGAAAUCUACGACCUCAUCGUUUCGUUUAUUGAAAGACGACAAGGCGAGGAAAACAGAGGAGCAGUUGCACAUCGCGACCUUCCUUUAAACUACCCAACAAUCGCUACUAUAUCGCGCAGGUUUCAGGCUGCCAUAGAGCGUCGAACCUUUCGUGUCCUGGACCUUACAACUUACACGUCCGAACUUGAUGAAUUUGAACGAAUUCUAACUCCAGAGCGUCGCGAUUAUCUGAAGACUCUCCGUGUCACAAUUCACGUUCCAUUCAACAUCAGAACACCUCCAAUCGAGUAUGAGAAAGAUAACAUCCGGAGAGUCAACAGUAUGGUAAUUACGCGAUCGAUGAGACAGCUAUUUAAUAUCAUAGCUACCAUCAACCAAGAUAACCAUAUGCCACCGAGAAUCAACUUCGAUAUUCGUAUUUCAGAUCCCCCCUACUACAAUCCCAGGGACCUAGUUCGCUCCUAUUCAUUCUCCAUGAUAGACCUCACUUCUGACGCGGCAGAUUUCCCGUCCCUCCCGGCUGUCCGCUCUUUCACUAUCAAUAACUGUUAUCGCAUCUGGCAUCCUCGUAUUGCAUCGCUUCUUACUGCCAAAAUGACGAACGUCAUACACGUUGAUUGGCGUACAUGGUUUAACAAGAGUUCUUGGGGUCGUUACUUCAGAUUUGAUCAAAUCUAUCGCGACGGUCUGGUAGAUGCUAUCAGAUCCACACCCCUGCCAGCGUCCACCAAGAGCUUCUCGUGCUCAUUCCAUCCGUCAAAUGGUCAUACCGCCCAAAAAAUCCCUAAUUUCAUCGGCACAGAGAAUUACGACCCUGUCAGCUGCGCCUUACGACAUCUUACAAGAAACUGCACUAGCGUCACUGUUAAAGGCCCUAUACACGCCUCGUUUUUCGACCCUCCCGCCGACGUCCUAGGCGGAGAUGCGGAUUGUUGGAAAAACUUAUCGGACUUGACGGUAAAUGUAAAAAUGAAAGGCCCAGAUGGAGCAUGGCUCUUCCGUCAAGAGGACGGUUCCAGUACCCCCGACUCACCAGGCUCGCCCACCGAUCAUUACCGGCUGCCACCAGGUUUCGGACAGACGGAGGAGGAGGAUAAAGAAGCCCAGGAGUACCUCGACAAACACUUUCAAUCGUUCUUCGGCCAAGGAGGCGAAUGGCCCAUUCCCCGAUCAAUCCCAAAUGACGCGGCGAUGAACACCCUGCUCACGGCGAUGGCGCGGGGAUGUUCUCGCUUGCCCAACCUGCAGGAGUUUAUAUUCUCGGCGCGGUGCGAUCACAACGAGAACUGGCCGUUCCAGGUGUGCUUCGUGGCGUCGAGUCACUCGUUCGGCAGCUGGGACACGAUCGCUGCGCACGGGACGGGAGAGUGGAGAGUCUACAUGCAUAUGAACCGGUGGCGGCCGACGGAAGCUACGCUGGAGGAACUCAGGAUGAUAGGAAGGAUAAGGGAUGGUCGCGAUUCGGAAGUAUGUUUUUUGCCCUGGGGAAUAUUUGUUGACUUCAUGUUAGUAUGUUAACGGCUACGAUCGCUAUCUACUGCUUGUUACGCUCGGGGGGUUAGAGAUGUGGGAGGGGAAUGUGCGACUAGAAGGGGACGAUACCUCCUCCAAGUGUGUGUGGAUAUUGGUGGCUUUUAUGGCGCCGAUAUGGAUACCUAUAUAGGUAGUCAUCUGCAUCCGUCGGG